ACUGUCGAGGUAAACAUUUAGUAAUCCUUUGUUUUAUAGUUAGUAAACUUUUUAUGUAAUUCAUUAUUUACCUUGUUAUAUUUUGUUUUUGAUCUUUUGUGUAGGUGGAUGCUCGUGGUCUUGUUUCUUCUUCAGAAGAAACUGUUAGUGAACAUUCGAUGAGAGUGAAUCAAGAAAGCAUUGAUAACAAGGGUGAUGAGAAUGAGCAGAAUAAGAAAGUGGAAAGUAAUGCGAACGAUCCUACUGACAUACCGAAAAGCGAUGACGUCGGUGAUUCUAAGGUUCAUAUGAAUGACCAUACUGAUGACAGCGAUGAUAGCGGCAGUGAGGAUAAGGUUGAUCCGAAUGAGACUCGCGAUAGAGAGGAAAGUGAUGAUAGCAAAAAUAGUGAUGAUGACAUGACAGAUGAUAAGAGUGAAAGAGAUGACAGAGCAGGUGAUAUAAAAAAGGAUGAUGAGAGAAGGGAUGGCUCAAGCUAUGGGAAUGCAGUUGACGAGAGGUUCAAUUAUGCGUACAAAGAUCGUGAGGAUGGUGAAAGUUCUGAAAAGAAAGUUGAUGAGGGUAAUGAUGUAUCAAAAGAGAAUGAAAAAGUUAGACAACGUAGCAAAAAGGCUGAUUCUGUUGAUAGUCGUCCUACUUUCAAUCUUCUAGAAUCAAGUACUCAAGGGACUCCUAGUACAUUUGAUUCAGUUGAAAUAAUGGGUCUUACCAAAGCUGUUGAUCUUGCUGAAAUAGAAGCCGGUCUUGUUUCUAAUGUUAAUGCCGUUGAUUCUUUUUUUGAAAAGAAAGUUGAUGAGGGGAUUAAUGUGAUGCAAAAGGGUGAAAAUGAUAUCAAAGAUAGCGAAAAGGUUGAUUUAGUUGAUAGUCGUCCUACUCUCAAUACUUUUGAAGCAAGUACACAAGGGACUUCUAGUACAUUUGACUCAGUUGAAAUACGUGCUAUCGAUAAAGCUGAAAGAGACGCUAUCAAUAAAGCUCAAAUAGACGCUGUUGAUAAAGCUGAAAGAGACGCUGGUCUUCUUGGCAAGGUUUAUGAAGUUGAUGAGGGAUUAGAGGAUGAAUCUAUAUUUGAUGAAGCUUGUCUCAAUGAUCUUGCUUAUGUUUGUGAUCGUAUUGAAAAACAAGCUGCUGAUCGUAUUGAACAACAAGCUGCUGAUCAAGUUGCAAAAGAAGCUUCCGCUGGUCAAGUUGCAAAAGAAGCUUCCGCUGGUCAAGUUGCAAAAGAAGCUUCUGAGUUGCAGAAGGCGUCUUUGAAAGAAAUUACUGUGUAUCGAGGCAGUCCAUCAGAGCAAAUUUCAAAGAUUGCCUCUGAGUUCAAAAUUCCUUAUGCAAAGCCACUAGCAUUUAUCAAGGCUAAAGAGAACGUAAAAUGUGUGAAGAAACUGAAUCCUCUUGACGACAAUGUUGAUGGAGAUAUCCAAUGUGCAGAACUACAAGAUUUUGUUGAUUGGAUUCAGUGUGGCCUGAGGCCUGAUCUUAAGAAAAAGUUUUAUCUAGAUAAUGACAACAUGAUUCGACCAAGAAUGGAUUUUGGAGUGGAACAUAUUUGGAAAAAAUCAUGGUUUUAUGCGAUUAAGUGUAGUGGUCAAUUUUUAACGUCAUCUCAUAUCAAUGUGGUUAUGUAUUACAUCCGCAAGAAAGCCAAGUAUAAGCUGUUAGAUGGUUUGCGAAUUACCACAACUGACUGUCUGUUUGACGAUAGAAUGUGUGCAACGUAUGUGGCAUAUACAAAAAAGAAGAAGCAUGAUGUAUCUACUGUCAGUGAGCGUGGUACUGUAGCUGAUUUUAUUCGUGGAGAUAAGUCAGAAACAUUGGAUUUUGGGACGUUUGGUCUUUAA